AUGGAUCACGACGACGACGCAAACGACGACGAGCCGCAAACGCCGUCCUCCGCGCUGUUCAACUUCAAAAAAUCCGCCGCACGAAGAGGCAGAACACCUACCCCGUUGGCACCUCCUCCAACGCUUUCCCCGAUGUUCAAAGAGGAGAAACGACGCGUAUUUUUUGCACCGUCGUCGUCGGAUGAAGAAGAAGAAGAAGCUGACGAUGUCGACGACUUUUCGUCCGAAUCGUCGUCCUUAAUACUCUCUUCCGCGCAAAAAACAAUCGAACAACAACAGCGCGAUCGCUUAAACCUGUUGAGAGCGAGAUUGCAAAACGCGCAAAGUAAAGCGGAGAAGCAACGAAAAGCGAGAGAACAAGUCGCGGUGAUUUUACACGAAGACCAAAAAAAAAUCAAACGCGCGAACGAACGCGCAGUGGCAAUGGAACGCGACGUGACUUUACUCACCGAGAAAAGAGAGAAGGAAGAAGAGACGAUGGAGAAGGAAACCGAGCGGUUGGAAAAAGUACGCGCGAUGGAACGAGAGGAGAUGGGGAAGAGCGAGAGAUUACAGCGGGAGUUGGACGAGACGGCGAGGGCGAGACGCGAACGAGAAGCGGAGGUUGUGAAAGCGGAGGCGAGGUACGAACGGACGAUGAGAGAGACCGCGCAAGGCGAAAGAGUGGUGUCGAUGAAUGAAAGAGUCAUUUUUGAGAGAGAAGAGCGGGUCGAGAACAUGAUGGAGACGGAAAGAAAGUUGAGAGAGAAGACGGAGACGCUGGAGAAGAGGACGGCGCAGGCGAGAAAAGAGACGGAGGAGAUGAAAGAGGAGAACGAAGUGCGAGCGAUGGAGAUUGAAAAGCAACGGAAAGAAAAUGCAAAGUUACGGGAAAGGUGGGCGCUAACGGUGAAGACGUGCGAGAAAACGGACGAAGAGGCGAGACGGUUGUUCGAGGAAACGUCGGCGGUUAAUCGCGAAGAAGCGAAGGUGAGAUUGGAGAUUGGCGCAGAAUUUAAGGAAAUCGCGUUGGCGAAAAAGGACAUCAAGGCAUUCGACAGUGAGAAAGAGAAGCUCUUAUUCGAUAUUAAGAAAAAUGAAGACUUGAUUUCGGCGUGUAGCAUAACCUCGGAGCAACACGCGAAAGAUACCGACGAGGAUAGAAAAGAGACGGACGGAUUAGUCGCGACGGCGGCGACGCUUCGUUUGCGCGCCUCGGAGGUAUCGCGUGAAAUUGAUCGAGUCAACGAAGAACGAGAAAAGCUUCGAGAAAAACAACACGCUUUGGAAGAUGAAAUAGUGUCCAAACUCUCCAACGAGAUCGCGGCGAGAACCGAGCGCACAAAAUUUGACUCGAAAAGUAUCGAGCGUUUAAAGAAGCAAACGAGAGACAUCGAAUCCGCGACUGUUCGUUACGAAAACUUAAAGGCGAUGGCAGACGUGGAUACGCUCGACUUCGAGUCAGAAAUGUUGGACACGGAUCGCGAAAUUGAGGAAAUUGAGAUUGAGAUUCAAAAUAUGGCUUUGGAGACGGAAGCGAAAGAGGCUAAAAUAAAGAACGGACGAAGAGAGUUGGAAAAGUUAGCGAUGGAAAGGGACGCUUUGGACAAACGCGCGGAACGCAUUAACGAUCGCAUAUUAGCCGCAGAACGUGUGAAGGCGUCGUCUAAUAACAGCACGAAUGAAUCGACUGGAGGACCAUUGAACGCCACGCUGGCGAGCUUGAAGAAGGAGCUCGCCGCGACGCGGAAUAAAAGCAACCAGUCGCGUCAAAACUGGUUAAACGCGCAAAACGAACUCUUGACGCUCGCGGAAGGCAAAAAAAAAUCCGCGUCGUUGUUACAAGAGUUGCUCUCCGACGAACGUCUCUACGAGGGUAAAAAGAACAGACACGAGCGAGAUGCGAAAGUAUACGAGCGAGACGCGCUAGCUAUAAAUAGAGAAAUCGAUCGAUUACGGAGGCAGCUUUCGAUGUUGAACGAAGAAGUUUCACUUUCGGAACAAAUAUUGGCGUCUGCACCGGAAGAGUUCAAAGUCCUGAAACAAACGCUUCAAACGACGCUCGAUGAUGCCAAAAGAGAACUUAAAUCGGCGGAGAACAACUUAGCGUGCGAAGAGCGCGACGUAGAGAAAGAAAAAGCGAGAAUUGAUGCGCUUCGCGAGGAAGUAUCGAAAUGGAACCGCGAGCGCAAGAUGGAGAUUGAAACGCAAAACAAACUCGACCCGAACGUCGGCAACGUCGAGUUACUACGAGCGCGAGAAGAAGUGCACGCCUUAGAAAAACAGUUGGAUAAAGCAAAGCGAUCGAAAGAGACGAUGGCAGUAAAUCUGGAGACGAGGCUUAAGAAACGUGAGAUUUUAGCGAGUUCGGCGAACGACCUCGUGUUUGUGGUUGAUAACGCGGCGCGCGAUACACUUCAAAGCAACGAUGACGGAGAGACGGACAACGACAUCAAGGCUGCAAGAAAGAACAAGUCAAAUCGAAGAUACGCGGACGAGUCAUACGCCAUCAUCAACAGCGUAGAUUUUGAGGACAAAGUUCUCUACGAAGAUCCGAACGACGACGACGUCGCCUACGAAAUUAAGCGCAAGCGUAACGAAGACAUACAUGCGAACAGGCGGCGAAAGCAAGAGAAAAUCGCGCAACGUGAAAUCCGAGAGGCUUUAAAAACAGCCGCCGUUUCGAACGAAAACGCCGAGUUGCUCGAGCGCAAAGCGAAAGAGUUGAAAGCAUCGUGCGACGCGGCGAGAGCCAGUGCGAAGAUGGCGAUGCACGAAACGCAAAGAUUGAAGAUUGAAACUGGUGCUGCGCAGAGAAGAGCGGAAGCGCACGUGAUUGAUACGGCGAGAAGUCAACGCGCGAGAAAAAUGUUGGAGGCAGCGGCGGAUAAAAUUCGCUACGAGGUAGUGGAAGAGAACGAUGAGGAUGAAAGCGAGAAGUGUUUAGAGAAUAAUCGUUAUCGCAUAUCGGAAUACGAUAACCAGUCGUUAACAAACGAGCAGUCUGCUUCGGAUAAGUUGCGAGAAGUCGAAAGCGAAAGAGAGCGACUGUCUCGUUUACUUCGACACGCAUGGGAGCAAGAGGAGGAAGAAGAAGAUGAUAAUGAAGACGAUGAAACACGAAGCGACGACGAUGAAGAUGAAAAGUUGCGCCGCGCUAUCAAUCGCGCGCAGCAUCUGUUAGAAUCUCGACACCAAAUAUCGUUUGCCGCCUCCUACGUCCACGAUGCCAUUGACAAGCAGAAAGCAAAGUUUAAGGCGUAA